AUGGGGAAAGGAUCGGGAGAUCUCAGGAAGAAGGAAGGCUUUCCUUCUACAUCCUUAAAAUCUGAUACAUUCUCUGCUUGGGCUAAAACUGUUACUGAAUGCGAAGAGAAUUACGGAGUUACUCGCGAGAGAGGCUUAACUACCGAAGAGGUGGUGAAGAGUCAUGAGAUCUAUGGCUUAAACGAGCUAGAGAAGCCUGAGGGGACAUCUAUUUUUAAAUUGAUAUUGGAGCAGUUUAAUGAUACGUUGGUUCGUAUUCUUUUAGCGGCUGCUGUUAUUUCAUUUGUGUUAGCCUUCGUUGAUGGGGAAGAAGGAGGUGAGAUGGGGAUCACUGCGUUUGUUGAGCCGCUUGUGAUUUUCUUGAUUUUGAUUGUUAAUGCGAUUGUUGGGAUCUGGCAAGAGACUAAUGCUGAGAAGGCGCUGGAAGCUUUGAAGGAGAUUCAGUAUCAGCAAGCUACUGUUACGCGCGAUGGGAAUAAAGUUUCUAGCUUGCCUGCUAAGGAGCUUGUUCCUGGUGAUAUUGUGGAGCUUAGGGUUGGUGAUAAGGUGCCCGCUGAUAUGCGUGUGGUGGCUUUGAUUAGUUCCACGCUGAGAGUUGAGCAGGGGUCUUUGACAGGGGAGAGUGAGGCGGUUAGUAAGACUACUAAGCUUGUGGAGGAGAAUGCUGAUAUUCAAGGGAAGAAAUGUAUGGUGUUUGCAGGAACCACUGUUGUGAAUGGGAAUUGUAUAUGCUUGGUUACAGAUACUGGGAUGAGUACUGAGAUUGGGAGGGUACAUUCACAGAUUCAGGAAGCUGCACAACACGAGGAAGAUACUCCUUUGAAGAAGAAGCUUAAUGAGUUUGGAGAAGCUCUGACUAUGAUCAUUGGGUUGAUUUGUGCGUUAGUGUGGUUCAUCAAUGUUAAGUACUUUCUCUUCUGGGAGUAUGUUGAUGGCUGGCCUAGAAACUUCAAGUUCUCCUUCGAGAAGUGCACAUAUUACUUUGAGAUUGCUGUGGCGUUAGCGGUUGCUGCGAUUCCUGAAGGUCCGCCAGCAGUUAUUACCACAUGUUUGGCUCUUGGGACGAGGAUGAUGGCUCAGAAGAAUGCUCUGGUUAGGAAGUUGUCCAGUGUGGAGACUCUUGGAUGCACAACCGUUAUAUGUUCUGAUAAAACUGGGACUCUGACAACCAAUCAGAUGGCUGUUUCAAAGCUUGUUGCUAUGGGUUCUAGAAUUGGAACGCUUCGAUCUUUCAAUGUUGAGGGCACCUCAUUUGAUCCACGAGAUGGAAAGAUUGAAGAUUGGCCAGCGGGUCGGAUGGAUGCAAAUCUUCAGAUGAUUGCGAAAAUUGCUGCUAUUUGCAACGACGCUAGUGUCGAGCAAUCUGACAAUCAGUUUGUAACUAGGGGCAUGCCUACUAAGGCAGCUUUAAAGGUAAAGCGGUCUACUACACUAUGUUGCAACUUUCUUCUUAACUUAAUAUUGGUGUUUGUUUCCUUGAACAGGUUUUGGUUGGGAAAAUGGGAUUUUACGAAGGAUCGACUUAAGCUUCGACUUUGGCUGAUGGCGAUGUCUUACAGCUUGACCUGUUUCUUAAUUAUUGAAGGUUGUUGUCGGCUAUGGAGUGAACUAGAGCAACGGAUUGCCACUCUUGAGUUCGACCGGGACCGCAAGUCAAUGGGAGUUAUGGUGGAUUCCAGCUCAGGAAAGAAACUGCUACUGGUCAAGGGUGCCGUUGAAAAUGUAUUGGAAAGGAGUACACGUAUUCAGCUACUUGAUGGUUCCACUCCAGAACUUGACCAAUACUCAAGAGAUCUUAUUUUACAAAGCCUGCAUGAUACGUCGAUGAGUGCAUUAAGAUGUCUUGAAUUUGCGUACUCGGAUGUUCCAUCAGAUUUUGCCACUUAUGAUGGCAGCGAGGACCAUCCUGCUCACCAGCAACUUCUCAACCCAUCUAACUAUUCUUCUAUUGAAUCCAAUCUUGCUUUUGUUGGAUUUGUUGGGUUAAGGGAUCCUCCAAGGAAAGAGGUGCGUCAAGCCAUUGCAGACUGCAGAACAGUAGGUAUCUGCGUCAUGGUCAUUACCGGAGACAACAAGAGCACCGCAGAAGCAAUCUGCCGUGAGAUUGGAGUAUUUGAAGCAGACAAAGAUAUAUCUACAAGAAGCUUGACUGGAAAAGAAUUUAUGGAUGUUCAAGAUCAGAAGAAUCAUCUGAGACAAACUGGAGGGCUCUUGUUCUCGAGGGCUGAACCAAAGCACAAACAAGAGAUUGUUAGGUUACUCAAAGAAGAUGGGGAAGUGGUUGCCAUGACUGGAGAUGAAGUCAAUGAUGCUCCUGCACUUAAGUUGGCUGAUAUUGGUGUGGCUAUGGGCAUUUCCGACACAGAGGUAGCGAAAGAAGCAUCUGAUAUGGUGUUAGCAGAUGAUAACUUCAGCACGAUUGUUGCAGCUGUUGGUGAAGGCAUGUCAAUCUAUAACAACAUGAAGGCUUUCAUCAGGUACAUGAUCUCUUCAAACAUUGGUGAGGUUGCAUCAAUAUUCUUGACAGCAGCUCUUGGAAUCCCAGAAGGCAUGAUCCCAGUUCAGCUUCUAUGGGUGAAUCUAGUCACAGACGGUCCUCCAGCUACGGCUUUGGGAUUCAAUCCUCCUGACAAGAAUAUUAUGAAGAAGUCUCCUCGCAUAAGUGAUGACUCGCUUAUCACUCCCUGGAUCCUCUUCCGAUAUAUGGUGAUUGGUAUGUAUGUGGGAGUAGCAACGGUGGGAGUAUUCAUCAUAUGGUACACACAUAACAGCUUCAUGGGCAUAGACUUGAGCCAAGACGGUCACAGCCUAGUGAGCUAUUCACAGCUAUCUCAUUGGGGCCAGUGCUCUUCAUGGGAAGGAUUCAAAGUCUCUCCUUUCACAGCUGGCUCUCAGACAUUCUCCUUCGACUCAAACCCGUGCGACUAUUUCCAUCAGGGGAAAAUCAAAGCAUCGACACUCUCCCUCUCCGUGUUGGUUGCUAUUGAUAUGUUCAACUCCCUGAACGCACUCUCAGAGGACGGCAGCCUUGUGACGAUGCCACCGUGGGUGAACCCAUGGCUGCUCCUUGCAAUGGCGGUGUCGUUUGGGCUGCACUUUGUGAUACUGUAUGUGCCAUUCUUAUCUCAGGUAUUUGGGAUAGUGCCACUGAGCAUGAACGAGUGGCUGCUGGUGUUGUCUGUGUCGCUUCCGGUGAUUCUGAUAGAUGAAGUUCUCAAAUUUGUUGGAAGGACAAGUGGCUACCGCUACUCAACUCGCACUCCAUCCGCUAAGCAAAAAACGGAGUAG